UCACGAACUGUCAACACGUGCUCAACUUUUAGGUUAUGUACAAGUUGUAAUCGUUAUAAUCGCAUAGUUAUAAUAUUUGGACGAUUUUAUCCAAGUUAUUUUAUAUAAAAAAAAGUAAUAAAUAUGUAAAUAGAGCUAUUUGGAAGCAAUGAUAGUAAUAAAGUUAUGAAUAAGUGUUACGAAUGUGGCAAAAGUCUAUUGAAAGGAAAAUAAAGUUCACAAGAUAGUGAUUCAUCAGAUAUCUCCUUGAAUUUAAGAACGUUGCAAAUUAAUUCUCCUUCGCAAUGUCUCUUUCGGCAAAAUAUAUCCAACAUUUAAAAACCAAAGAAACAAAAUCAACUCGUAGAAAAUCGGAAUGCAAUGUUAAUGCCACAAAUGAUUGGGACAGUGAUUUAAUUUCUCGUUGGACUAGAAAUUCAUGCCUCGAGUGUAAUAAUCAAGAAUGUAGAUUACAAAAUAUAUUGACAGUGAAGAAUCUUCAAGUGGAAAAUAAAUCAGCCUACGAAGUGAAAGAAUUUCUCAUUCACUCUUUGACGGACGUAUUAUGUAAUAAAUCAUUAAUCAACGAUGCAGUAAAAAAUGAAACUUCGGCAUUUUUCGAGAAUAUAUUUCACGGUUGCAAUUCGAUUAUGUCAAAUAAUGAAAUGCAAUGCUACUUUAAAAGUAAUGUAAAACAUCUGACAUUUUUCGUAAAAUCAUCUUUAGAAUUUGUAUUUCAUAUUUUUGAAUUUUCCAACGAUGAAACUAUUAAAUCUCAAGCUGAAAUUUUUUUAUCAAGGUUAAUUGUUUCGUAUCUGCAAAUUUAUAGACAAUUUUCCGAUAAAGAAUCAUUUGCCACGGAAUUUUUGAACAUUGUUCUGUUUCCAUUUUGUAAUCUAAUGAAAUUUGAGAAUUUGAAAUUUCAAUCGGAUUUGAAUAGUUGUAUAAAAAUUUUGUUAUUUACGAAAAAUUUCUUACCUCAAUAUAAGAGAUUUAAUAAUGAACAGGAGGGAAUUCCGGCGACACUUUUUUCCACCCUUGAGAAAAUUGCAAAUAUCGAUUUGAAAACUGCUUUUAUAAUAUUUGAUGUAAUUUUUUCUGUCGCUGUAAAAUCGUACGAAUCCGAUGCUAAAGUGCUAGAUCUUAUAUUCCGAAAUAUUGUCAAAAGUGCAAAGAGAGAGAAAAUUAUAGUUAAAAAAUUACUCGAUCGUUUAUUGGGAAUUCAUUUGGUGUUAGAGAAUCAAAUUGACGAUGUAAAAUUAUCAGAUUACUUAAUGAUGUUCGUGGAUGAAAUUCUCAAGAAAGAAAUCGAAAGUCUCGAUUAUGAUUUAAUGACUGUAAUCAUAAAUGUACAUCCAUUUACUGUAGAAACUAAUUUUGAGAAUAUUUUGAUAAAAUUUAUUCCAAAAUACCCAAAUGUUUCCGAAAGGUCUUAUUGCGAAUUUUUUUUAACAAUUCUAAAUGUCAGUAUUUCGCUUCGAAGGGAACAUAAAUUAAUAUCUCUAUUGUUAACCGCUGCUAAAUCUGUUAUAACCGAGAAUUUAGAUGCUGAACAUUUGAUUCCCUUGCCUAAGGAAUUUUUAACGAAAUUUAUGGAAUCUCUCGAGAACACAACUAUUUCGCAAACAACAACAAUUUUGAGAUCUUUGAUUUAUUAUUUAAAACCAUAUUCCGAAAAUUCGGUUUCAAAUUCAAUGUUGGAAGUUAUAUUUCAAUUAUUGAUUUCAUUUAUGAAGGGAAUUAAAAUUUUCGAAUGCAUUAGAAAUGUGAAAACACAGGAAAAAUUUUGUGACGAUCUUGUUGAACUAGGAAAUCUUUUUUCUGCCCUCGCUGACAAAAUUUCGAACAAACGGGUAAUUUUUACUUUUUUAAAAGCAUGUCAAGCUUGGAAUGAUGUUUGUAAUUUGAUAUUGCACUAUGUUCCUUCUACAAUUUCAGAGAAAUUGCGCAAUCUUCUCUCGGCGAAAAAAUGGAUAAAAUUAUUCGAAAAAGUUGAAAGUUUAUUUGACGAAAAUCCAGAGAAUUCGAAUUUAGAUUUUUCGUGUAAUCUUUUAAUAAAUUUCGACAUAGAGAAAAGUAAUUUUAAUUUUCAAUCAUCGUUUUGGAUUUCUGUUUUUGAAAAUAAUUCCAAUUUACUAUUUAAUUUAACCGAAGAACAGUUAACAGAAUUCUCCGCAACUAUUGUUUCCGACGCGCUAAAUAAUUCGAAUUGUAAAAAAUGGGAUAAAUGUCUAAAUGAUAGAUUUUUGUCUACUUUUCUGAAUCAAUUGAUUAUAAAAGGGGAAAAUUGUAUACGAUCCGAAAAUACAAAACAAUUUGUCAGUAAAAUUACCCGAGAUUUCAAAUGGAAGAAAAUUGUUUCGAAACUUAAAAAUGGUAGUUUAAUGAAAUCGGAGGAAUUUUCGAAAAAUACGAAAAGUAAGGAUUGUAAAUUAAUGAGGGAAUUUUUAAGGAUUUUAUCAUCAUUGCAUUUAUGUCAUUUACAUCACGAUAUUAGAAUUGUUCUAUUUAUUUUAAUUUCCUCCAUUGUAGUGGAAUUUUCUCACGAUAUUGAAAUAGCGGAAAAAUGCAAUGAAAUUUUAUUGGAUCUUCUCCAGGAGAACGAUAUCAAUAUAUUUCAAUUUCCCAAUUUGAAAAUAUGUGAGAAUUCUCCACUUGGAAAUGAUGUUUUGUCACAACUUUUUGAAUUGCCACUUAAAAACGAUUCAUUUAAUUCGUUAAUUAAUUUUCUCUCCUCGAAUGAUAUCAACGAUAAUUUAAAAAUAACGCUGUUGAAUAUUAUUUUACGAACGAAAUUGCAUAGAAAAUCGGAAGAUACACAAUUGUUGAGAAACUUGAUUGAAAAAUGGAAUAAAUUUACAAACGAUGAUCGAAUUCAAAGUAGAAUUGAAUUGGUACUGUUAAUAUUUUCUUUGAAAGACGCAAUUAUCAGUAGGAACCCAGGCGAUGAUCUGAAAGCAAACGUGAAUCGAAUUUUAAAGGAAAUUUUCCUUGACAAUGCAAAUAUUGACGACGAAUAUGUUCAAUUGUUGGAAAUAGUUUUAAGAAAUCGUUCAUUUUUGGAAAUUACCGACGAGAAUGUAGCUUUGAUUUUUAAAGCAAUUUUGUCAAAGUCGAACGAGUCAGUUUUGAGACCUUUUUUGGAGACUUUAAAUUCGAAAGAGUUUGAUUUACUUUUAAAAGAUUUACAAAAACAAACCCUCUUGGCAUUUAGUGACGAAAGUGAAAAUGAAUUGAAAAAAUGUCUAAAAAUUUGGGAAUAUGUUAUUAUCAUCGAAAUGGCGACGGCACGAAAUAAUAUUCGUGUAACGGCGAUAAAUAAAUUAUUAUUGUCACUAAAUGAUAUUUCAAUUGGUGGAAAACAUUGGUUGUGUUUGAUAAAAUUAUUCGAAACGAUUGUAAGCUCGAAAUUCAUUCAAAUUACAGGGCAAAUUAUUGAUUUGAUUUUGGUAUCAUGUACGAGGUGUAUGAAACGAGUGGGUGUUGUUGCAUGUCGAGAAAUUGUUUCUUUAUAUACAAUGAUUGUGAGAUUAAGGACGAAUUUUGUUAAGGACAAAUUAUGGUCGUUGGUUCAAUUAAACAGUGAAAUUAUACGUAACUUAAAUGGUGAAACAAUGAAAUUAAAUUCUUUCGGUGAUCAAUAUCAAAUUGAAUGUCUAAUUCUUGAUAUGGAGAAAUUUAUUAUUGCUCUAAAGAAAUUCGAUGAUAAUGUCUUGGAAAUUUAUCCUUAUUUGUUGAAUGAUUUAGUUGAAUGGUACUGCCAUCAAUUGUUGCCAAAGAAUUUAAAGAAUCAUUUGGAAUUAAUAAUACAACGUCUCUUGAGUCAUUGUGAACAUGAGAAAAUUGAAUUUUUGAAUCGCACAAUGCCAGUGGCUACACAGAAAAUAUUUAAGGAACUUGUGACAAUGUAUAGGAAACAUUAUAAAUUUACUGGAAAGAUUUAAAAAAUUUCUCAAACUUUCUCAAAUUUAAUAUUUUCGGAAUUUAAUAGAAAAUUCUGUUGUUAAUUCAUUGUCUGAAUGAAAAAUAUUUUUGUAAUAUACUUUUACGUAAAUUUGAAAUUUCUUUGUUUUCUUUACCUUUAACAUUUCUGUAAUUGUAACAUUUUUCUUAUUCUUCUGAUUUUUUUCGUUUCAUUUUCAUUGUUUCUGCUCUAUUCUUUUCUUUUUCGUUGUCAAUUGUUUUAGUUUUGUAAAUUUCGGUAAAUUUUUUUUUCCCAUCAUUGUUUUGUGUCACUCUAAAUUAAAAGAGAAACUACGUAAUACAAAUUUUUGGCACAUUUGAAUUUAAAGGGUAGAUCUUGCGAACUUUCCAAGUAGGUCAAAAGUCACCAAGAGAAUGCCAAACUAUUGGAGUCGAGAUCGUAAUUCUUUUAUUGACCCAUUUAUUCCGAGGAAAGUAAAUAAAUUUUUCAAGUUCAUUUAA